AUGGACCCUUCCGUUGUCAUGGAACUUUCUGCCCCAAACCGCGCCGCUGCCAGCGUCGGAAGUGCUGUACCUAAAGGGCUUCGGUCGCUGCGGGGCUGCUGCUCAGGGACUGUGGACGCUAAGAGGCCGCCGUCGCGGAAGGGCUGCCACCUGUUAGGGACGUCCGCCGAGGAGUUUUUCCAACCAGGAGCCGACCGCUGGGACUCGGCCAGCGGAGAGGUGGGGAAAAAGCAAGAUGCUGACACCAAGAAACCCAAGACGAAAAGAGCUGACAAAGACAGAGCUCAGACUCUGCACCUGAGAAAGGUUCUGAACCAUCUGGAUAUGGUGCAUGAAGAGAAAGACCUUUUCAUUCAGAAAACCAGAGGGGAGCUGCGUGCUUGCCGCCAGAGGAUCGACCUCAUCACCAGACAGCAGGAAGCCAUGAUGGCAGAGAUUGAUGCAGAGAAGGAGGCCAAUAACAUUGCUGCCGUGGGGCGCCUGCAGGCCGCCUACAGCCGCCUGUGCAUGGAACUGGACAAUGAGCGAGACCUGCAGUUGAGCAUCACCUCCACGCUGAAGGAGAAUGAGAAUGCCAUGUGGCACAUAGAAAUCCUGGAGGGGCAGAUGGACACAUCCCGAAAGGCCCUCAAGGAGGAGGAAUCGGCCUGUGGGAGGCACCUCCAGGCUCGGGCAGCCGAGCAGCUCCAUGAGGAGAAGAUGGCCCUCAGAAAGGCCGAAUGGAACCGGCUGCUGAGGAUCCGGAAAUCCGUGCAUGUCCAGAAGGAACAUGGGCUGCGGCACCAGAAGCUGGUGGAGGACGCCCAGAGGAACCACAAGAUCGCCAUCAAAUUCCUGAAGGCCUCCCUGGGCAGAAUCCGGGAGCGGGAGCAGAAGGAGGAGAUGGAGUCACGUGAGCAUCUGAAGAGGCGCAUGGAUGCCGUGCUGGCGUUGAAGAACAACAUCACUGCAAACCGGGAAACACUCCGCAAGUUUCAGGCGUGGGGCCAUACCCGGGCUGAGCUAACCAAGCGGAAGACUCAGGUAGAAAAGGAAGCCAUCCUGGCCCAGGGCGGGGAUGCGUUCAAACACCUUUUUCAUCAGCGCCGGCGCCAGGAGCUGGAGGCCCAGAAACGGGCCUUUGAGGAGGAGCAGAAGCAGCGGAGACUGGAGAUCGUGAACCGGCUUUUGAAGGAGGAGGCCGAGGAAAACAGGAGGAAGAAACCGCUGCCCGCUGCCCAGACCACGGACCGGCUCACACUAAGGGACAAGACCUGGUGCUACGUGGCUGACUUCUUUGAGGGUCUGCCCACCAUGGCCCCCUCAUGCCCACAGGAUGUUGAGUCCUCAGUGCACCCUGAAGUCCCCCAGCUACUGCAAGUCAUCUCCAGUGAUUCCAUGCAGAGUGACCCUGGGGCCAUUACCAACCCGGAAGAGGAAACACUCGCACAGCCGGAAAUCUUGGGGCUCUGGAACGAGGACUACAAGCCCUACCAGGUACCCAAAGAAGACGCGGAGAGGAAGCCCAUUGGCAAGACCAAGAUGGAAAAGGAUAUCCUGGCCCACACCAUGGAGCGGCUGCGGAGUGGGAUGGUGCACAAGCAGGUGGUAUCUGGGCGUGAGUUCAAAGGCUGCCCCUUCAACAGCAAGCCCAAGCUCAUCCACUUCAAGGACUUUGAUAUUGGCAAAAUGUACAAGAAAAAGAUUACGUUGAUCAAUGCCACCUACACAAUUAACUACUGCAAGCUAGUGGGUGUGGAGGAACACCUCAGAGAUUUCAUCCACAUUGACUUUGAUCCCCCUGGUCCCAUGUCAGCUGGUAUGUCCUGUGAAGUGUUUGUCACCUUCAAACCUAUGGUAAAUAAAGAUCUGGAAGGAAAUGUCACGUUUUUGGCUCAGACUGGUGGAUUUUCUGUUCCACUGAAAUGUUCAACCAAGAAAUGUUCUCUCUCCCUCGAUAAGAAUCUCAUUGACUUCGGCAGCUAUGUGGUGGGUGAGACCACAUCCCGGGUCAUCACUCUGACUAACGUUGGUGGCUUAGGCACAGAGUUCAAGUUCCAGCCCAUAAUCGAGUCCUGUGAGCAGAGCAACUCCAUGAAAGAUAGUAGUAGCUACACGUAUGAUGACAAUAAUAUUUAUGAGAAAAUCGUCAGGCCCAGUAUCUCCGAGAACUUGUUUGAGGUCCCUGAAUCCUUGCCUGGGGAGACUGGGAAGACAGAGAGCAAAGAGACCGAGGAAGGGCACCACGCAGGAAGGCUGGGGGUCAGUGCUAUGUGGAGUCUGAAAGGCCUGUUGCUGUUCACUGGAAAGUAUCUGUCGAAGGCGGCCCUGCGCCUAAGGUUCGAGGUGUGCAAGGAGCUUCGGGAACACAUGGAGCUCCUGCCCGAGACUGGCUACAUCCAAGCCUUGUCCACCUACACAGUGCAGCUCAAGUUCCUGCCGCGACACUCCCUCCCAAAAGAUGCAGGGAAAUUCUUUGACAAGGAGACUCGAGUCCUGGAGGCCCCGAUGACCAUCUGGGUGGCUGACCAGAUCAGGCCAGUGGAGUUCAUCGUCCAUGCCAUCGUGACCACCUCCGACUUGGAGAUCAACCCCUCAGAGGUGGAUUUUGGCUACUGUACCAUCUACGAGGCUAUUAAGACCGAGGUCACCCUCCACAACCACUCCCUCCUACCCCAGGAGUUUGGGUUCGUCAGACUCCCCAAGGACUUAGGCCUCCCUGGGCCCUGCAGGGCAGGCAAGACAAAUCCAACCCUCAUCACCAAGCCCUACUCCUGGGCUGCCACACUCUCAGCCCCAUGA